GCAGCCCGGCAAGCGUGGCUGCAGGCGCCUGUCGCCGCCGCUGUCCCGGAGCUGAGUCGCACCCAGGUGUCCAGGACGGUGCGUGCUCCAGUGUGUGUGUCUCUGAGGGAGAGCGCCGAGCCGGCCCCGAGCCUCCCGCUCGCUCCUCCGGGCUGCGGUGCAUGUUCGCCUCCUGCCACUGUGUGCCGAGAGGCAGGAGGACCAUGAAAAUGAUCCACUUUCGGAGCUCCAGCAUCAAAUCGCUCAGCCAGGAAAUGAAAUGCACCAUCCGGCUGUUGGACGACUCGGAGAUCUCCUGCCACAUCCAGAGGGAGACCAAAGGGCAGUUUCUGAUUGACCACAUCUGCAACUACUACAGCUUGCUGGAGAAGGACUACUUUGGCAUUCGUUAUGUGGACCCAGAGAAGCAGCGGCACUGGCUUGAACCUAACAAGUCCAUCUUCAAGCAAAUGAAAUCUCAUCCACCAUACACCAUGUGCUUUAGAGUGAAAUUCUACCCACAUGAACCCCUGAAGAUUAAAGAAGAGCUCACAAGGUACCUUUUGUACCUGCAGAUUAAAAGAGAUAUUUUCCAUGGUCGACUGCUCUGCUCCUUCUCUGAUGCUGCCUACCUGGGUGCCUGUAUUGUUCAAGCUGAGCUCGGUGAUUACGAUCCUGAUGAGCAUCCUGAGAAUUACAUCAGUGAGUUUGAGAUUUUCCCUAAGCAGUCACAGAAGCUGGAAAGAAAAAUAGCAGAAAUUCAUAAAAACGAACUCAGAGGCCAGAGCCCACCGGUUGCUGAAUUUAACUUACUCCUGAAAGCUCACACUUUGGAAACCUAUGGGGUGGAUCCCCAUCCAUGCAAGGAUUCAACAGGGACAACGACGUUUUUGGGAUUCACGGCUGCAGGCUUUGUGGUAUUCCAGGGAAAUAAGAGAAUCCAUUUGAUAAAAUGGCCAGAUGUCUGCAAAUUGAAGUUUGAAGGGAAGACAUUUUAUGUGAUUGGUACCCAGAAGGAGAAGAAAGCCAUGUUGGCAUUUCAUACUUCAACACCAGCUGCCUGCAAACAUCUUUGGAAAUGUGGGGUGGAGAACCAGGCCUUUUAUAAGUAUGCAAAAUCCAGUCAGAUCAAGACUGUGUCAAGCAGCAAGAUAUUUUUUAAAGGAAGUAGAUUCCGAUAUAGUGGUAAGGUUGCCAAAGAGGUGGUGGAGGCGAGCUCCAAAAUCCAGAGGGAGCCUCCGGAAGUGCACAGAGCCAACAUUACCCAGAGCCGUAGUUCCUACUCCUUGAACAAACAGCUCAUCAUCAACAUGGAGCCGCUGCAGCCCUUGCUGCCUUCCCCCAGUGAGCAGGAAGAGGACCUUCCACUGGGUGAGGGUAUCCCUCUGCCCAAAGAAGAUGACAUUUCUGCCCCCUUGAUCUCCAGCUCACCAGUGAAGGAAGCCCGGGUGUAUGAAGAACCCUCAAGUGAAGAGGAAGAUAAAAUAAAAGAAGAGCCUUUGACUAUCUCUGAACUGGCAUACAGCCCAAGUGCUAGCCUGCUCCCCACCCCAGUUGAUGAUGAGGAGAUUGACAUGCUCUUUGACUGUUCAUCUAGGCAUGAGUUGGAAAGAGAAGACACAGAUUCGUUUGAGGAACUGGAAGCAGAUGAAAAUGCCUUUUUGAUGGCGGAGGAAGAGGAGCUGAAGGAGGCUCAUCAAGCUUUGUCAUGGAGCUAUGACAUUCUGAGCGGCCAUAUUCGGGUGAACCCACUGGUCAAGAGUUUUUCCAGGCUCUUUGUGGUGGGUCUGGGCCUGCUGCUCUUUGUAUUCCCCCUGCUCCUCCUCCUUUUGGAGUCAGGUAUUGAUCUCUCCUUCUUAUGUGAAAUCCGCCAGACACCAGAGUUUGAGCAAUUUCACUAUGAAUAUUACUGUCCUCUUAAAGAGUGGGUGGCUGGCAAAGUGAACCUCAUUCUCUACAUGCUGGGUUGCUCAUAAAGUACAUAUCUCAUAUGACUAAGGGCUAUAUUCAAUACUACUGAUUUGUUUUUUUCGCAAAUGCCUGGUUCUGAAUGGUCAUGGAACUGUCAAAAGGUGUUCCUUGCUCAAAACUGAUUAUUCAGACCUCUAAGUUAGCUUCCCAUAAUUCACUGCACUUAAAUAAGUUUAAAUCAAAUACAGUAAUUUUAGUUACAGGUCAGGAAGAUGACCUUUAAAUAACCAAAAAUGUUUAUUUUUUAUUAUAUCACAGGCAUACUCUUUAUCUAUUAUAUAAUACAUUUCUAUUAUAUCAUAAUACAUUGAGCUAAAGCAGGUAGGUUUCCCCUUUUUUAAUAGUUAGCAUCAUUAUAAGCUGUAAGGUUCAGAAUCAGAAUUUUAGUAAAAAUCCAAGAGAAAGUUUUUGAAUAUAAUCCUUAGUGAAAAUAAUGUCCUCUAACCAAUGCCUAUACAACUAAAAUUUAUGCUGGGUUUUUGUUUUUUUAAAAAUAUUUUUAUGUGUUCAGAAUAUUUUGGUAAAUUUUUAGCAAAAAAAAAAGAACCCUCCUGGAGUUAUUUAAUUGUACAGACUGUAAGACUAAUGCACAAAAGGUAUGUUGGGAAUUUUUUAAUGUUUUGGCACUGGUUUGUUUAAAAAAAUAUUUUUGGCUGGAAAAAAAAAUCCCAUAAUUUGUUGUUAGCUACAUAUGAGAUAGAAAAUAGGUAGAAAGACUGUAGUAAGUAAGCUCUUAAAACAAACGAUGGAAAUGGAGGAUGUAGAGACAGCGUCAAUCAAGUGGACACAGGGUGGGUAAUUUUUCAAAGUAUUGGACAAGAUGACUUGUUUCUUUCAUUUGCAUUCUGCCUAUAUAUUUUGGCUAAGGAAGCAGAACAUUUUUAAAAGAAAGUGAAACUCUAAAAAAGUGAAAAAAUAUGCCAGUUAAUUGCAUGUUAUUGUACAUUAACCCAAGAGUGGAAGCAGAUGGGAAAUGGACAAAUAGCAAGUAGCAAAAAAAAGUUUUGGUGAGGCUGGUAGGCUAGUGGUGGUAGGAAAAUGAUCAAUUUUAUGAAAGUGAUGGCGAUACAACGUGUGGGAUGAUGUAAAGAACAGUGUACUCGCUGUCCAAGUUGACAUGAAUAUGUUUAAAACAGUGGAUCUAAAUAAAAGUGCAGAAACUUUAAGGCACAUUUUUGGUCCCUUAUGCUGUUGACUGUGAUUCUGUGGAAGAUCUAAACUUCAAAGGAAGUCUGUGUACGUGGUGGGGACAGAAAAUGAAGAGAAUGGAUUCUGGCUUUUUGAUAAAUGCCAGUGAUCUUUUGCGGUGGUCAUUAUUUCUCCUUGCCUGUUUUCAUUAAGAUCUUAAUUCAUUCAUAAUUGGGACUCUCAUUAAGAAAGAGGAGGGGACUCAUUAGAUGAUAUAUUAUUUCAGCUUGGGUGAAGUAGAGGGGGUAAAUGUUCUCUAGUACCUAUCUUCAUACCAUUAAAUCCAUGGCAGAAAGGCUCUGAUGCCGUCCCAUGCAGCAUCCUGACUAGUCCUGUGGUAUAAGUGAGAAAGGUAAGAGUAUGGAGCUUUGCGAUUUCUCCAUGAAUUCAAAAUGUUCCAUUGCCUUCAUUUACCAAGAGAUUGGGCUUCCUGUAAUCUCUCCCAAACUCUAAUAGACACUUUAGCUCUAUGUUAGCAUAAUUUCCUAAAUGGUCAUUCUAGUCCUACUUAUUCAUGGAGCUCUGAGUGCUUUAUUAGAUAUUUAAUUUUGAAAAUGAGUUUUAAAAGUCAGCUCAUGAAGCCUUCAGUUAAGCAAACUUAUAAUGUACAUUUGGCAUUAAGUUGGUAGAGUGUACUUUUGGUGAUCUAUUUUGCAUUUUAAUGUUUAAUAUCUGAAAUUUGACAAUAUACAGAUAUAUUUCCUAUGGUUUAUUUUGGAAGUUUGCAAAUGGCCAGCUUUGAAAUUAAAGUUUUUUCCCCCUUUUUUCACAUGUCUUGGAAAUCAUACUAUAUGAUAGAAGGGCCCUCCAGUGUAGUCUGCAAUAAAUUAGUCCUUUUUCUAAUUAUGCUUCAAUUUCUAACCAUGAUAAAUCUAGCUUUCAUCCUUUUAAAAUAAUAUUAGAUAAUAUUUUUAAAUUAUAGAAGUGAUAUAUUGCCCAUGAUAAAACAUUUGAAAAAUACUGAUAGGAUAAAUAUCACACAUAGUCCAACUGCACAGAUUUAUAGUAAGGGGUAAUAGCUAUGUUAUUUUUAACAUUUUCAGCUAACAUCUCUUUUCUCUUUGGCAAAAACUUGACUAUUGACUAGAAAUGUUUUCAACUGAAGGAGCUAACAGGAUAGGGUCUGCUGGAUUUAAACAAUAGCCACCAAAAGUAAAAGUGGGAUCCUGAAAUGCCAUUUUUUUCAGCAUAGAAUAAGAGCCUUUUUAAAAAUACCCCUUAGUUUGGUAGAAGGCAGUCACCAGUUGCCUGAAUGAAAUGAGGAAAAACUGCUUCCAAGAUGGAAAGUAUACCAGAGGGGACCCAAAAAACCCAGAAUUUAUUGACAAAAAUUGUGUAUGUAUUCUUCAGUCACCCUCAAACUUCUCUCCAUUUGACGUGAUACACCUACCGAGACAUUUUUUCCCACUGCUCAAAACAGUUUUUGAACUCUAUUUUGAUGCCUGUUAGUGCUUCUAUCUUUUUUUUGUUUCACCAUUUCCACACUGGCAAAAACCUUUCCCUUUGAGGACUUUUUUCAGCUGGGGAAACAGAAAAAGUUGCUUGGGGUGAGAUCGGGUGAAUGGGGAGGGUGGGACAUGGGUCCUUGCCUGGUUUCCUAAAGAUCUUAACUCAUUUAUAAACAGGGUCAUGCCGUUUUUGGGUGAAAACUGCUGAACACUCAGCGCAGUGUGGGCAGGUGUGCUCGUAAAUCAGUCAUCAUGAAGUGGACAAACAUGCUGAAAGAGUCUUCAAAAACAAUUCACUGAAACUGAACACAGCCUCUCACAACAAUGCCAGCUGGUACAUGGAUACAGAUGGGUUUCUAGAACACUCACCUAGCACGGAAAGCCUGUGCUACAAGGGGCCCUCCCUCCAGAAGAUAGAUAAUUCUGAUUUUUUUGGGUCCCCCCCCCUCGUAUGAUAUAGUGAGAUACAGAGCUCAAAGCAAGUGUGUGAGUAUAUGUAUAUUCCAUAUUAUUGGUAUAUGUGUGUGUGUGUGUGUGUGUAUACAUACGACUGAUAUGCCCUUCAUACACAGUUGUAUUUACUUUUCCCCAAUUGAGGAAUUUUUCAUGUUAUCAUUCCUUUUCUCUCUUGGAUAUCAUGGUGGAUAAAAGUCUCAAAGGUUUCAAUUUUCCAUGAAAAUCACUGUGUACAUUUGUAGUUAUAUAUACACACAUAUAUGGCAAAUACAUAUACACACACAGUUUUGUCUUUAGUGCUAAUGUGAGCUAGAUCAUGAAAAAAAUGUAGGUCAAGUAUAUUGUGUUUCUGUCCGUGCUUGGAACAUAUUGUAAAAUGUUAUGUAUUUGGAGUAUAUUUUGUGGCUUGUUUAAUAUUUAUAAAAUCAACUCUGGGAAGAAUUCAAAAUGAAUUAAUUUGAAAUACUAGAGAUAUGGGGGCCAUGUGAUUGGAGCCUUAUCUUUGUAUAGUGACAUUUGCAUUUCUAUGUCAACAAUCAGAUUGUUUUAUAUGUUAAUAUGGUGGCAGAAAUCCCUAAUAAAAGUACUCUGGGGAAAAAUA